AUGCUCGCUUCAGGCCGAAAGACCAGAAGAAUCAGAGCCGAAACGGAAACACACUGUCCUGGAACAGUCGUCGAUAGACGCAUCACUACCGUUUAUGAUUUCGACUUUUAUCUGCAAGCUCAUGAUGAGAUCAAGGGCCACGUGCGACCUACUCACUACACAAUUAUCUACGACAAGUGGGCACACACACCACGAGUUACUUAUAUGCCUGCUGCCACCAAGGCAGUGGGCCUUGUACCCCUCACGCAUUAUACUGACCUGGCAUGCAAGCGGGUGUGGUAUUACCUCGAUGGAUUCCUAAACUCAGAGCAGCUUUCUGUGCCUGGCUCCUCGAGUCGGAAAGGCGAAGGUAAGGGUAAGGGUAAAGGAAAGGCAUGGCGGCAGACGAAAGGGAGGCAGGCCGAGCAACGUAUCUAUGAUGCUGCUCUUCAAGCAUGGGGUAAAGGCGUCCAUCCCAAUUUGAAGGAGACGACAUUUUAUAUCUGAAGAGAUAGCAUGGACAAUCUGUAUCUGUAUGGUGUUGUGGAACGUGCUUCUUUGUAACAUGUUUGAUCUUCAGGAUCGUGAGAUUAUUUCGAAACAAUUCCUGUU